AUGAGGAAUUUUAAUAAUUGCUUUACAAUAGUCUUCAUUAUAAGCUAACUUUUAUAACAAAUACUGAGUGGAUAGAUUUAUGGAACAGAUAUUUAAGUCAUGUAUCCUGUCGCUUUUCAAGCAACUCAAUACUCAUUUAAUAUUAUGUUUGAAACCAUCCUAACAGCAGGAAAUUACUUAAGGAUAAGCAUGCCUUAUUAGAUUGACUAUCUAAAUGGAGUUAAUGAUGUAAAAAUAGUAAUUCAAGAUGCUUUAAAAGCAAAUCCAGCUAUGUCCACUAAUACUGUCACAGUAUAAGAUAGUAUCUAUCAUUUUUCGUUUCCUUCUGACAUUUUACCCUUUACUUGGUAUUCUGUUACAUUAACUGGAGUUGUAAAUUUAGAUAAUCCAUAGACAGUAGGAUUUUAAAACUUGAUUUAGGUAGCAACAGUUACAUCAACUGUUUCUAGUGCAGUAGUCAUUGACUCAAAUUUUUUGUUUGGUUUUUUUGCAUUAAGUUCUACACCACCUUCAACUGCUACCAUAUAAGCCACUGCUCUUCCUGGAUAAAAUAAUUUGAUCAAUGUCCCUGGACAAAGUUAUUAAAUCACACUAGUUUUAGCAACUACUUAGAAUGUUAGUUCAUACGAUCAGUCAAAUCCAUCGGGUGUCUAGUAUUAAGUAGCUAUGACUGAUAUUUCUUUUUCAUUUAUGAAUCCAAGCUCAUGCACAAUAUUAAAUAGACCCACUGGUAUAUGCUCGUGCUCUAGCUAUUAAAGUAACCCAGCUAUAUUACUGAUUAGCUGUUCAUAGGAUUUAUUAGUAGCCAAUACAUAGCCAAUAUAAGUUUAAGUUACUGUUCAAAAUUCAAUGAAGCAAGUUUAAAAUAAUUAAGGGUUUAAUCUUAGUGUAAUUUAUCCACCAACUUAACAAGUUGUUGAAACUGGCUCAAAUAGUUCCUUCUUCUCUAUUUCGUAUAUCUAGUUAUCAAAUUUAUAAUUGAAGCUUAUGCACGGAAUACCAUACACAACUAGCUUUUUAUAAAAUUAUUAAGUUCCUUUAGGUAUUUAUAUACCCAGCACUUCUUCUCCUAGAUUCCAGCCUUUCAAUUCCGUUCGAGUUGUCUUUUAGGUUACUUCAGCAAUAUCUAAUCCAAACGGUGGACUUGUUAUAUAACUAACUUAUAAUUCUGCUGAAUCAAUACUAGAAAGCUCAAUUUAUCACAAUCUACCUUAAAUUAAUCCAAAUACUCCAAUAAAGUGUUAAUUUAAUUAUUAACUUAAGAUGGUUUCGUGUGUUUAAGUUGGCUAGCUAUUAUCUAAUACAAAUUAUUUUGUCGGAUGCAGGAUCGCUUUAACAAAUAAUCCUACCUUGAUUACCGAUUCAAAUAAUAACUUGGCCAUAUAAAAUUUUGGAGGAGUCUAAAUUCUAUCUGCAUUAAAAGAUUCUAACGGAAACGCAUAUUUUGGUCCUGUGUCUUAGAUAACUUACCCUGUAAAUUCAAUAAAUGUGUAUAAGAAUGUUGAAUUUAUUGAUAGUACUGGUACUCAUAGUCUUGUUAAUUUUGGAGAUAAUAUUGUGGUAUCAUCAUCAAGUGCUCUAACAUUAAGUUAAGCUUUUGCAGCUAGUAUAACUAAUGGAGCUAAUAUUGGUAUAUUCCCCUCUUCAAGCAACCAAAGAUUACUCUUUUAUAUUGGAGUUACUUAAAUGCAGUAAACAUUUUAGGACUUUCUUGGUUACAGGUAGCAAAGUACAAUGAAGCUAAUUUAUAAUGAUAAUGUUAUUCAAAUCUCAGCAGCUGACUAGUUAAAAGGAAUAGAAGUACAGAGCACUUAAACAUCUUACUUUACAGCUUAUAACACAGCUGCAACACAGUUAAAUCCAGCAAAUAUGAUCACAUAAUAAUAAGAUUCAUAAAAUAAUAAACUUUUUAGUUACGCCUAGCUACAAAUAAAUUCUUAAAGACCAAUUUUUGCAGCAAAUAAUUAAGGAUUUAGUUUGCAAAAUGUUUAGUUUCCUUCUACAUUUAGAACUUCAUAAUUUCUAGCUGAUGACAGAGUCUUAGAUUUUCUUUUAACAUUCAUGUAUUAAUAAUCAAGUACAUAAACUAAUUUACUAUCUAAUUCUUAGAUGCUUUUCCAUGGAUAUACAAUAUCCUCUUCAUAUGUAGACUCAUCUAAUCCAUACGAAGCUUCGUUUAGUAAUGUAUAUUCUAAAGGUGCAGAUUAUAAUAAGGGUUAUAAGAUUCCUACCUUAUUAAGGUUAUAUGGAUAGCUUACAACUACUCAGAUAGGUGUUGCCACAGUAACAGGAUUAAAAAUUGCAAUUAUACCUGAUAGAGCUGUAUAGAAAUUUUUUACAGUAAAUUAAUUUUAUGUAACUCCAGGUUAAAGUCCAAAUGAAGGUUGUGGAGGUACAACUCAAUUUUGCUAUUCUUAUGAGGAUGGAGGAUCUUAAAAAAUUUCAAGUCCCCCAGAUAACUGGUCAUUAAAUCCUUUUGUCGUGCUUGAUCUAUCAAGUGUUACAAUCAAUCUUUCACAAGCCAUAGCGUUAGCUUUAAAAUCACAAAAGUAACCUAAGACUAUUAAUAUUGCCGUUUUUUAAUUCCAACCUAAUGGAUUGAUUGAAGUUGUAAAUACUUUUAGGUUAUUUGGUGCCUCUUUAGGUUUAAGUAACUUCUUAACAAAUUAAAGAUUCUACAAUUAAGUAGUUGGAACUAUAACAUCAGCUAAUAGCUGGGAUUAGACAUCCAACUACUCUGAAAACUCAGGCUAAAUGAGUAGCUUAUAUCAAAUUAGUAGCCUGAGUUCUAUAGGUCCUUCUAAAACAGCAACCAGCUUUUUGAUCCUAUCUCAGCACACAGACAGUGGUAAUUUAGUGAAUAGAAAUAAUUAAGCAAGCUUAUUAUACGGUUCAGGAUUUACUAUUUGCUCUUUCUAAAACGAUUUAAUAGGAACCUCUCAGAUUACUGCUUUUCCUGGGUCUUCAUCUGUCUCUAAAUGUAUUCAGAAAUUUAGAUAUAAAACUUACUUGAUGGAUAUUCCAUAUUAUAAUUAUAUCACAUUCUGCCCUUUUGAUUCUUCAUCAUACACUGAUGGAGCGACAGGUUUAGGUGUUACAUUUUAGAGUUUUAAUUUUCCAAAUUAAUGGGGAGUAGGUUAUCCUCUUUAGAAUAAAUUUGCUUAUUCAUGGAGUAAUAAUAAUGGCUAAAUAAUAGCCAUGAUGUAAGAAACUUAAAAAGUGCCAGCUACAGGGUAUGUUUCUGGCUGCUUGUCAACAGCAUGGUCUCCUUAAUACUAGAAACAAACAGACCGUUAAUAAAUUUCAAUGAAUAUUACACCAAGUGUAUAAGCAACCCUUAAUCUAAUUACUGACUUCUACAAUAUCAUAUUAACAUUUGAUGGUUUACCUUCUGGGAUGAUAUUUUUUUAAUAAUGCUUUGUUUAAACUGUGAGUAAUCCUAGCAGUAAUAUUUCUCCAUAAUAUACUAAUUGUGCAGCUAAAAUUAAGACAUCAACUGUAAUUCAAUUCACUAUAACCAAAAUUAACGAUGAUGGCAUACCUAUUUCUUUUAACCCUUCAUAAUAAUUUUCUAUCAAUUUCGUUAUUAGCUUCUUAGGAACAACAUCUAAUCUAUAGAAAUUUACUGUUCAAUUAGCAUUGAAUUCUUAUAUAUAAGAUCUUUGCAACUCAGGAACCUAAACAUCUUUACCUGCGGCUGCAGCUCCUUCUUCACCUGGAACUAGUUCGGCUUCUAUUACAAUAUCUAACUUCUAAUGCACGACUCCCACCAUUUUAUCAAAUACAAUGUGUUAAUGGAAUUUCGCGUAUUCAGGAAUAUCCUCAAUUCCAAAUACGACAAUCAGAUUUUAUCUUGGAUUCUUAUCAACUCCAAAAAUGAUUUCAAAUUUAGAUUGCUAAAUAUUUGAACAAAAAACUUAUCAUAAUUACUUCCCUGAAGGAGUAGAUAGUGGCCAAGUAACAGGUUAUUAACCAUCAGAUAAAUUUUCUUAGAUUUCAUAUAAUUUAGUAUAAAACACAAUGGAUAUCGUUUUUAGAGGAUACUACACUCCUCCUACAUCUCCAUUUUUGAUGAAGUGCUUUGGAUUUAAAACACCUACAGGCGAUAACAAUUCUAACUUGAGUGUUUAAUGGAUAGAUACAACUUAAAGCUAAAACACAGUCAUUUAGUCAUCAUUUCCAAAUAUCAACUAUUAUUCCUUCACUUUCUUUAGAGCAAAGCAAAUGACAAGCUCCUAGCUUAAGCUUAUUAGUAAGAUAUUCAGUGCACCAGGUUUUGAAGCUGUUUAUACUAUAUAAUUUGUUCCAUAGAAUGUUAAAAUUGUUAAAAACUCUAGAAUUUAUAUAGAAUUUUCAGUUGGUUAUAAAUAAAACUUAAAUUCAAAAGGAAGUUCACCACAAUGUCAAUUAAAUGGAUACAAAGUAGCUUGCAUAUUAGAUUAAACUAAUGUUCGUAGAUUGGUGGUAUAUCCACUUUACGGAACUCAAACUUCUCUACCACCACUAUAAAUAUAUACCUUAGUUAUAGCAGGAGUUUAGCAGCCACAACAAUUAGACUCUUAUGGAUAUAUUUGGUUUGGAAUUGAUGCUGAUGACAACUUAGCUAAUGGUAUUAAUGAAUAAGGAGAUUUAUAAGACAAUUAAGUUUAACAAGCUAAAAUAAGUUAUUUGUCCUAUCCUUCUUUUUCUUAUAGUACCCUUAAAAUUAGAUAGCCAAGAGUUUUGUUAAGUUUGAAUUUUACAUGCAGUGCUAGUACAAUCACGAGUAAUAGAAUUGCAAUAAUUAGAUUAAAUCCAGCAUUUUUCAACUCAUAAUUAGAUUAAUAGGAGGUAGAUUUUUAAUGUAACUUUUUUAGAAGUGGUGACCCACUAAGAAUAAAUAUUACUUCUACUUGUGAGCGUAUAUUUGGAAAUAGUUUAAUAAGAAUGAACCUUACUGGAGAUUCUUUCAAUAAUAAUCAAGCAGCUUCGUACUGGAUAUAAGUAUUUUAUUUACCAUCGCCUGACUAUAGCAAUACUGCCAUUAAUCCGAUAUUCUUAAACUUCUUCAUAACAGAUUCAACUAUGAACACUAUUUUAUACGCUAUAGCUCCUUCUUUAACUCAAACAUCUACACCAAUAAGUUUUUCUACUCCAAGCGCAACUUCUAAAUAAAUUAUGUUUUAUUCUUAUUUCUCAAAUCUAAUCAACCCAUCUGUUAAUGCAAUUUAAACAGUUUAUAACUAAUUAUCUGGUAGAGAAAAGUAGUUAUCAAUCACUAUCUAUAGAGGUGUUAUUACUAAUAAUAUAAUUUAUUUAUCAUUCUUACAGUAAAACACUUAGUUCGAUAUCGAUUAUUCGUUUUACUAUGUCAACUCGACUGUAUUUGGAUUAUUUGACAUCUACAUGGGAAAACAAUCUCUUUCAAGUAGUUCUGUGAAAAUAAAUACUGGAGAUAAUGGAAUUUAAAUUGCUUUAGCUGCAUCAGAGACUACUCCUUUAAACACUUAUACUUUACAAAUAAAAAAAGUAGGACUUUUUGAACCUUUCGAAGAUCCAGAAAUAUCCUACCUUCCUAAUUUAGUUGUUAACGUAUAAGAAUACUACUGCCAAAUAUCUUUAAGUUCAACAACUCUUUCGAUUCCUGUUGGUUCUAUUUCAGGUCCAAUCAUCUUGGAUUUUUCUUAAUGUCUUCCUUCAAAACCAAUGACAGUAAAUGCAAAAAUAACUAGUGUGCCGUCAUCAGAUAUAACUUUCUACAGCCAAGCUAAUUAAGUAGUUGGAUAUCUUUAUCAAACAUAGGCAGUUUUUUAUUUCUCUUCAAAUAAAAGUUUACAGCCUCCUUAUAACACUUAUACAGUUACAUUCACCUUUUCAGGAGUAAAUUAUCAUCAUUUUAUAUUAUCUCAAAACACGCUGACGAUAACAGUCACAGCACCACCUGCGUUUUAAAAUACCGCUAUUACUGGUUUUUCACAAGCUCUUUCUACAGAUUAAUCCUAAAUUAAAAUUACUGGUUAAUGUAACUAAAGUGGAUAUCUUUAUUGGGUUGUAGGAAUUAAUGAAAGUUAUUUAAAUAGUGCUUUAUUUACAGUUGGAGUCACUUUAAAUUAGAUAAUGCAAUAAACAUUGUAUUAUAAUCCCUCCACAACAGUUUCUCUGAAAAAUGUACUAAAUGAUAUGAGAUAUAAGCAGUUUUAUUGGGUUGGGACACCUUUAUCAUUCUCAAAUUAACUUCUUGCUAGAAAUUAUGGAGUUAUGCCUGUAGUUUCAGGCAGCUAAUUCACAUUAACUCUUAAUGAUUUACCAUAACGAAGUAUUUACUCUUUCACAUCUUAUUGUUAUAGUAACUUAGGAGUUGCCAGUACAGCUUAAAAUGCUACUUGGACAACUUCAUGGAGAUUGGAUUCUACUGGUAAUCCUGUUAAUUCUUACAAUCAUGUCUAGAUUGAUUUGACAUUUAACACAUAAUUAUCAAAUGAUCAAAUAAAUAAUUUAUAAUGCUAACUUUAAUAGGCACUUUCCCUAAAUGUGUACAGCCUAUCAACUUCUACAUGUGCAGUAUGUAAUUAGACUUAGAAUUAUACAAUAGUUAAUCCAGCUUCUAAAUAAGAUUUAAACUUUGAUCCAAGCACUUGUGUUUAAAAAACUAAGUCUACUAACGCAGUUGUAUACACUUUUUAUGCUUGGUCAGGUGAGUAAUCUACAGGUAUAAUAAUAGAUGUAUCGAAAAAGCUCUAAGCCCUUUUAGCAUCUACACCUUGCUUCUUUGUUUUAGCUUUGAACUACUCUUAUGAUCUUGAUAUAGUUUAAUAUUUUACAAAUAUUUACAUUAUUACUCCCAUUACUCCUCAGGCUUCAACAAAUCUUAAGCCAUAAAUCGAUUUGCUGAAUAUAACAUAUACUAAUUAAAAUAUCACUCUAUAACUUUAAAAUAAAAAUGUUCCAGGUUUUUUAAUUAUUGGAGCUCAUAAGUUCUAGUCAUAGCAAAAAGUAAGUUCAUCCGAUACAUCUUCUUAGUAAUUAACUCGAAUAGCUUUAUAGCCAACUCCUCUAAAGCUGAGACAAGGCUUAUUUGGUGAUAAUACAGUCAUGAAUCUUUAUCAUAAUACUUUUGUUUUGACAGCUAACUAAUAUUAUAACUUUACAAUUAAUCUAACAUUAAAUUAUGAGUAUGCUAUUUACUGGACAGUAGCUUCAUAUGAUUCGUGUGCAGAUUCUUAAUACGCUCCUAUUGGAUAUAAAUAAUUUAUAUUCAAAGGAAACUAAGCUAACAGUAUGAUCUUAUCUCUAACUAGUAUUUCAUUAAUUAUUUUUAUGAUGUUAGUCUGA